AGCCCAGUUUAGUUGUCAUCUACGUUCGGUCGUGUUGUUUUUAUUGCGUCAAGUGCGUCAUGAGAGUGCGUACGCGUGUAUCGUCGUUCACGUAAAGAAAUUAGUAUAUCGGUCCUCGCUGCUUUCUCGUGCGAUCGUUGAAUAAAAUGCGCUUUGAAAAUGUUGCAAGAGGAAGCUCUGUACAAGAGCACAUCUCCACGGAAAGGCGAUGAAAUUCAAAAACUCAAUUUUAUACAAACAUUACCAAGCCUCUUAGCCACAGACUCAGAAUCAUGUAUAACACGCGUGAUACCAAAAGUGCAGCAGUCACUGGCUACAGCAUCCACGGAAUUCCAUAUUGCAGCUUCAACAACAUUCAAAACGAUUCUAGAGCAGAAACUUGUGAACCAUAAUGUCUUCAGUCGAACAUUCCUUCAAAGUAUCUUAGAUUCCCUUGAAAAGCGUGAUCCAGUUAUCUGUCAUGCAUGGCUGGAGACCUUACUGGAUGUGAUAGAGUUACUGCCGGUAGAAGUCAUAAGAAAGCAGAUUCUGCCAUUGACUGUAAGCAAAGGGCAAUUGUCACAACCUAUCCACUCCAGGAUAAUAUGCAGCAAGAUAUUAGGAAAGAUUUGUACAAGAUUUGAAUCUGCUCUGAUACAGAAGGAAGUUCUACCAAUGGUACACUCCCUCUGUCAGGAUGUAAAUAGUGAAGUACGAGCUAGUAUCUGCUUGCAGCUACGUUUUGUUGCUGAAGGCCUUGGUGCUGAGUCUGUAAAAUCUGCUUUGCUACCAUCUUUCGUAGAAUUAGCAAGUGAUGAAGAAAGCAAUGUAAGAUGCGCCUCUGUACAAACAAUAGCGUAUUUGCUACCUCAUCUUCAGGAAGAUACAAUAAAAACUACCAUAGUGCCACUUGUUAAGAAAUUAUGUGAAAAUACACAAUCUGUACAGUCAGACGAUAACGUGAUAUGCGUCAUUGCCCAAGAAUUUGGAAAAAUUGUACUCGGCCUAGAAACAUGCUUAUUACCUACGGAAAAAACAUGGUUCUUAAAAUAUUUUCAACAACUUGCACAAAUGGGUAUCGUCUUAAUGAAAAAAGAAUCCAAGCCUCAUCUUCCAUUUAUGAAUAUUAAUUUUGACGAAGACGAAAAAUAUGUAGAAUGCAGAAGGUGUUGCGCGUUUAAUUUGCCAGCAAUGUUCAUCUUUGUAUCAAAUUCCGUGGAUGAUACAGAUGCAUUACUUCUUACAUUCACUGCAUUGGCGAGUGAUCACUAUUAUUUGGUUCGGAGAACUGUAGCGUGUGGAAUCCAUGAAGUGGCCAAGGUGUUAGGUCCAAAAAGUGGACGGAUAAAAACAGAUCUAAUAAAAUUAUUGAAAGAUAACUCUGAAGAAGUUUUACAAGGUUUAAUUCCUCAUAUAGGAUUAACGCUUGAUUGCUUGGCUGAAAGUCAAAUUAUUGGAGUAGAUAAAAUGGAUUCCACUGUUAUGGAAAUCGGUAGAGCUCUAUUGAAAUGUGAGUCGGAAAUAGCAGCUACACAUAAUUGGAGAUUAGUGUCUUCAAUGCAUUCACAACUUGAGAUAUUGCCUAAAUACUUCCCAAGUGACUUUAUAUAUUCAUAUUUUGUGCCAAUGGCCUUUUUUAGAAUAUUACACGCUAGGCCAAUACCCGUUCGACUCUCCGCAGGAACUCUAUAUCUUUUCCUUUUACGUUAUAACAUGAAACCUAUGCAAAGGGUAGAACUUCGUAGCAAAUUGUAUUCAGAUUUGGCUAGUAAUCCGAAUUGUUAUGUGAGAAUGAUGUUCGUUCGUAUGAUGAUAGAGGCUUUGGAAAUUUUUUCUUCUGCAUAUUUCAAGGAACAUUUUUUUACUGCUUUAUUGAACUUGGCAGAAGAUCCCGUAGCUAACAUAAGAAUGAAAGUAAUUUCUCUGUUGCCUCAGUUAAAAAGUAUGCUGCGGAUGCCGGCCGAUAAAAAAUUAUUCACUUUGUUAGAAUCAACUAUAACGCAUUUAAUAAAUAGCGAAAAGGAUAGAGAUGUACUAGCCGAGUUGUCAUCCGUUAUAAAAAAAUUGGAUGAUAUAUCGCUUAAAUACGAAGGUCGAGCUGCAUCUGGAGCAGUUUCAAAACAGGGCACUGAAGAUAUUAGAAAGUUAGAGGAAGAGAAAAGAUUAUCAGGAAUGGCAAAUGGGAAAUCUCCAGCCGGAGGUGCUACAAUAAAGAAAGGGGGGUGGCGUCAUGCGACUGCCGAUUCCUCGUCAAAAACGAUGCCGCAAACAUCAUCGAAAGAUAGCAUAGGCUCACCUCGCCAAUCAAGCGACGGAUCAAAAGCGAGAAUUCAACUAACACAUCCUUGGGAAAGAAUAGGGCAUACCAACUCAAACAUUAGUACAACCCAUACUAACUUUGACAAUGGAUCGUGCAGUGAUUAUCUAAUGCAAAAGGCUCAGCAGAGUCGAUCGAAAUUAGCAUUGCCAUUUAUAUUGUGGCCGGAAACGUGCGAAUGCGACUAUGCGGAAGAAUACGCUUUCCAUUCUUGUCCCUCGUCCGAUUACGCGAGGUCUGUCUUCUUGGCGAUCAUGAGAGAGAAUCGGCGAAGAUCGCAGCAAAAUUUCCUACUAACCCGAGACUAUGCCCGCGAGUUUUCCACUAACAUUGCCAGCAAGGACACUGCCACUGUAAGAACGCUUGCAGCUCACUAUAACUCUUGUUGGCCUUGUAGAUCUAUGCCGGAGAUACCGGUAAUGCUGUCGGAUGACGAAUUCCUGGUAGACGCUGGUAUCAGGAUACCGGUACAGUUCUCUCAAAGCACCUCUAAGAUACCGCAUCUGCAAGAUUCCAUGUUUGGCAAGAGAAGAACUUCGUUCAACGUGAAUCAUGCUCGGCCUACCAGUAUGAAUUUCGACAAGGGAAAGCCUAAGAGAAACUCUUCCGUUGAAUACGAAGAUUGCAUGAAACGAAGAACGAAUGCCGAUCAGACAGACGAUGUCAGAACUUCCAUCGAUUGCGAGGACGGAUUGAGACUGGUAAAAGAAAAUCAACAGCUGGGUAAGAAGGAUCCUGUAUACGUUGGCCCUUUGAUGAGAUCUAGAUUUGGAUUCGGUGUGAAUCAGGAGAGAACGCUGGACGACAAGAUGAAACGACGAAAUUCGUUAAUAAUGGAUAAAGACAAGCCGAAGAUUGUGCAGUCAAAGUGCACGUUGGACAGAACUAAAAGGAACUCGGCCAAUUUCGACAAGGGAAAGCCCAAGAGAAAUCUCUCCGCCGAGUACGAGGAUGGUAUAAAACGGAGAACCAACGGAACUAAUCAAGCGAAAGAUAUAAGAUUACGAUCGAUCGAUUACGAGGAUGGUUUGAGUCUAGUGAAGGAGAAUCAACAGCUCGACAAGAAGGAUCCAUUAUAUCUUGGGUCUCUGAUGAGAUCUAGGUUCGGGUUCAGCGUAAGUCAGGAUAGGUCGAUGGACGAUAAAAUGAAACGGCGGAACUCACUGAUAAUGGAUAAAGACAAGCCUAAAAUCAUACAGUCAAAGUGUAUGCUGGACAGGACUAAACGACACUCUGCGAAUUUUAGUUUAAAGAUGCUGGAUACGAAAGAGACUAAGCCUAUCUUGAAGGCUCAGCAUAGCUUAGACGUGGCCGACUAUACAUCUUCGGAACGUUUAAGCCGGGCUCUGAGACGAUAUUCGACCUUAGACGUGAAUCAUAAUCAGGGACAUAGUAAAAUACCCUUAAGAAAUUUUGUACGUCGUAGUAGAACCGCACCAGCUACCAGGGCUUCCAGCCCCGUAGGUUCGCAAUUAAGGUACGAGGAGAUCGACAAGCUGCGCCGAAAGUUCGAGGAGUACCAAUUGUGUUAGUGUAAUUACACAGAACGCAUUUAAGGUAUCGAGAAAUUAAAAUCUCCAUGUAAAAGGAGGGGGGG